GUUUCAAUAUUUUACAAAGGCAAAGUUACGUAGUACUAAUUUAUCUUUCUGUCUUCGCAGAUCCAAAUCUAUCUGCAAUUCCCAAUCGAAUUCUUCAAUUCAAUACUUCAGAUCUUUAUUAUAUACAUAGACAUUGUAUAUCACCUGUGAUUGAUUGAGUUUUUUUGAUUGUUCGUCUUCACAAUCGGAUGUGAUUGAGGUAACACGAACCUUCAAAACAGACCCAAUCAUGAAUCCCUUCUCGUCCGUUACGCGACUAAGGGACAUGAUUCGGGCUAUACGUGAUUGCAAAACUGCAGCAGGGGAGCGAGCUGUUGUAAGAAAAGAGUGUGCUGCAAUUCGUGCAGCAGUUGAUGAUAAUGAUCAAGAUUAUAGUCAUCGUAAUAUUGCGAAGCUCAUGUUCAUUCACAUGCUUGGUUACCCCACACAUUUUGGUCAAAUGGAAUGCCUGAAGUUAAUUGCAUCUACUGGAUUUCCAGAGAAGAGGAUAGGAUAUCUUGGCCUUAUGUUGCUUCUUGAUGAAAGGCAAGAAGUACCGAUGUUGGUCACAAACUCAUUGAAGCAUGAUCUUAAUCACUUCAACCAGUACAUCGUUGGACUAGCUCUUUGUGCUUUGGGGAAUAUAUGUUCUGUGGAAAUGGCUAGUGAUCUUGCACCUGAAGUUGAAAGAUUGCUGCAAUUUCGAGAUCCAAAUAUUCGGAAGAAAGCAGCAUUGUGCCCUAUAAGGAUUAUAAAGAAAGUCCCGGACCUGGCAGAAAUUUUUAUAAACCCUGCUGCUGCUUUACUUAAACCGGACUCCAGCUCUGCACAGAUCUAUAAAUGCACAGAGAGUGUGGUCAAAGCCCUAAAGGACAUUGUGAGCAGUCCAUAUGCACCUGAAUAUGACGUCUCUGGGAUUGCAGAUCCUUUUCUCCAUAUCAGAUUGCUCAAGUUUUUGCGAAUAGUAGGCCAAGGAGAUGCAGAUGCUAGUGAACGGAUGAAUGACAUCCUUGCUCAGGUUGCGACAAAAACUGAGUCAAACAAAAAUGCCGGAAAUGCCAUUCUGUAUGAAUGUGUCGAAACUAUCAUGAGCAUUGAAGAUAGUGGCGGUUUGCGGGUGCUUGCUGUCACUAUCUUGGGAAAAUUCCUGUCAAACCGUGACAACAAUAUCAGCUUUUCUGUCAGAUAUGUUGCUCUGAACAUGCUGAUGAAAGCUACAGUAGAUACACAAGCGGUGCAGAGGCAUCGAGCAACAAUCUUGGAAUGUGUGAAGGAUUCAGAUGCUACUAUUCGUAAAAGGGCCCACCGGACGACCUGCCAGUUGUCCCCCAGUCAUCCGGCUAACUGAGCAAUUCCCAGAACACAGCCAUGGUUUGGACUGCAAACUGGCUUGCAAUUCCCAGAGCUAGCUUAUUUUCAACGCAGCCUCAACUAGAAGUCACAUAUACUUCUUCAAUUCACAGCUGCACAGUUUGCUUUUCUAAUCCCAAAAAUCCAGCAUCGAAUCGAAGAAGAACGAAAAUACAGUGUGGCAAGCAUAUGUGGAUGAUCACUUGAUGUGCGAAAUCAAAGGCAACUACCUCUCCACCACCGCCAUCAUCGGUCAUGACGACAGCAUUUGGGCCUAAAGCUCCUCCUUCCCUCAAGUUUCUUCACAUCUCCAAAUUUAAUGAAUUGGGUUGUUUCCUUGAUCUGAACCACCAUGUCCUUUAUUGUUCAUUCUUGAUGUGUUGUAGUGAAAAUGAUGAGAUUUCUGAAGCUAUUCAACUUUUGUAAUUAUUAUCAGUUCCAUUGAAUUGAUUUCUCUAAUUUGGAUCUGGGUUUUUUAGUUAUGGUUGGUUCCAAAUACAA